CCCGCUUCUUUCUGACGACAGCUCACCUCUCUUGAGCAGCGGCAGUGGCAAAUGCGCCAAAUUCAAUGUUGCGAGUUGUCUCCAGCCGUCUGUCUAUCCGCAGCUCGCAGCUCUGCUCUCCUCAAGCAGCUAGCCUAUUCACAAGCCCUCACCGACUGAAGGCCAGCGCUAUGGCCGCUCCUGGCACUGUUGUUGAGAACACCCUUCCGGGCAGCAGCGGGCUUGCAGCAGAGAAUGGGCCUGUGACCAAGGAGGCUGGGUCGGUGGGGCCUGCAAGCAGUACCGCACCCGUGCAGGGGAUCAAGAACUUGUCAAAGGUGGCCAAUGAGAUUGUUCCACAUGUCAUGAACCUGUAUCAGAGCGUUGCUACUGAGUCUGACUACAAGAUCUACGCCCCAAAUGCUGAAUUUGAGGAUCCGCUGAUGCACGCGAUCGGGCUCAAGCAGGUGCAAUCGGCAUUUCAAGCGAUGCCCAAAACGUUUAGCAUGGCGCAGGCUCUCAAGAGCGACGUCAUCAAGGACCUUGACGCACCGAGCUCAGGAGAGAUCCACAUCGACCUGGUGAUGAAAUACAAGAUGCGUCCCGUCGGCCCCACCUUCGAGAUGCCGUCGCUGGUGCGCCUGGUGGUUCAGGACGGCCAGGUCGUCCGGCACGAGGACUUAUGGCACCACAAGCCCCUCACGCAUACGGGCAUCGUGGGCAAGACUGGCGACAUGAUGCGGAGAGCCAACAUGAUGCUGACGCACGCCAUCAUGGGUUUCGGGGGGAAGGUCCCUGCUGACUCACCUAAGUCCACGCUCACACCCCCGAAGGAGACUGCCGGGAGCAGCAGCUUGUGAUGCGUUUGUCACCAAUUUUGCGUCUCGUAAAGAUUCAGGCGAAAAUCCAAGGCCGGUUUUCAGCGGGAAAGCCGCCCAGAGAUACACAUUCUUUUAGGGACAGAUUCUUUGGUUAUACUUAGCAAGGCACGAUAUUUGCGUUCGGUGUUCGAGAAGUGGUCCUUGUACAGAAUACGCAUUGUACAGUGUGUAACUCGUCGUUCCAAAUAGCAGGGCAUUGAAAUGAGAUUGCAGGGGAAGUUACUGCGCAAGAUCAGUGCACGUGCAGAUUCAGCACCAGGGUCGGCUACGGAGGCCUCCCUGUCCGGCAAUAACGGGCGUCAGAAUUUGCUCAAGGGUGUAUCUGAGUCAUACUACUCGUGUAAGAUACUGAAAACUAGGACUACGACUGAGUCCUUCAUGUCCUUAAAUCUAAGGUGAUGUGAAAUGUACACAUCGCUUGAUCUGCUCGA